GGUACGCAUGUUCAAGCGUCUCAUUCGAGUCCUGGCUUCGGAGCGAGUUGCACUCUCACGCAAACACGCAAGCUCUGAAACACGACCGUCCGGAACCGAGCGAGGACAUACUAAGGAACCGCAGAAACAACCAGUCGUGAGGGGGAACCGACCACACCAGCCGCCAAGAUGUGUGACAUGGGAGGAUUGGACAACCUGGUGGCCAACACGGCCUACCUGAAGGCCCAGGGCGGCGACGACAAGGAGAUGAAGAAACGGAGGCGCAGCUUGGCUCUGCCCAAGCCGGAGCAGUGUGCGGCCACCCGGACCACCGUGGAGAAGAACUUCGAGAGCAUCUGCGAGCGGCAGCCCAUCGGCAAGAAGUUCUUCCGCCAGUACCUGGCCUCCAACCCCGAGUAUGUGAACGCCGUGGAGUUCCUGGACGAGCUGAACGACUGGGACCUGGCCGAGGGCGCCGCCAAGGACAAGGCUCGCACCAACAUCAUGAACAAGUUCUGCAAAGCCGACUCCAAGACCUUUCUGUCCUUCCUGGCCGGUGACGCUGCAACCAAGUGCAAGGCAGUGACCGACAAGGACUUUGAAGAGGUGAUGAAGGGGGUAGUGCAGGAGGGGACCAGGGAGUUCCUCAAAGGAAAGCCAUUAACGGAUUACCAGACAAGUCCGUUUUUCGACAAAUUCCUGCAGUGGAAGGAGUACGAGAAACAGCCAAUCAGCGACAAGUACUUCUACGAGUUCAGAACUCUGGGCAAGGGAGGCUUCGGGGAGGUGUGCGCUGUGCAGGUGAAGAACACAGGCCAGAUGUACGCCUGCAAGAAGCUGUGUAAGAAACGCCUGAAGAAGAAACACGGAGAGAAGAUGGCCCUGCUGGAGAAGCAGAUCCUGGAGAAGGUCAACAGCCUGUUCCUGGUCAACCUGGCGUACGCUUACGACUCCAAGACCCACCUGUGUCUGGUCAUGACCCUGAUGAACGGAGGGGACCUCAAGUACCACAUCUACAACAUCGGCAUUGACGGGAAGGGCGUGGAGAAGGGCGUGGAGAUGAAGCGCAUCAUCCACUACACCGCCCAGAUCACCACGGGCAUCCUGCACCUCCAUCAGAUGGAUAUUGUUUACCGUGACAUGAAGCCAGAAAACGUGCUGCUGGAUAGCUUCGGACAGUGCCGUCUCUCUGAUCUGGGUCUGGCCGUGGAGCUGCCAGCGGGGAAGACCAUCACCCAGAAGGCUGGAACAGGAGCCUACAUGGCCCCAGAGAUCCUCAACAGCACCCCCUACAGGGAGUCCGUGGACUGGUGGGCGCUGGGCUGCAGUAUUUACGAGAUGGUGGCCGGCUACACCCCUUUCAAGGGUCCUGAAGUCAAGAAGGAGAAGCUGGAGAAGGACGAAGUUCAGCGUCGCAUCCAGAGCGAGCAGCCCCCUUGGGAACACAAGGGCUUCGAUGCCACCACCAAGGCCAUCAUCGAGCUGUUCCUGAAGAAGAAGAUUGAGGAACGUUUGGGCUGCAGAAACCCCACCGACGACCCAAGGAAGCACGAGUGGUUCAAAACCAUCAACUUCCCCCGUCUUGAGGCUGGCCUGGUGGACCCCCCAUGGGUGCCCAAACCCAACGUAGUCUACGCCAAGGACACCAGCGACAUCGCAGACUUCUCUGAGAUCAAGGGCAUCGAGUUUGACGCCAAAGACGAAAAGUUCUUCAAAGAGUUCAGCACGGGCGCCGUGCCGAUCCCAUGGCAACAGGAGAUGAUUGAUACCAACCUGUUUGACGAGCUGAACGACCCCAACAGGAAAGAGUCGACCGGGGGCGGAGGCGAGGGCGGGAAGUCUGGCACCUGCACGUUGCUGUGAGCCCAACUGGCCAAAGUCUAAAACCGACACAUCGGAAACUAAACGAUUUGUUCAUUUUUGAUUAACUUAAUCAGAGGAAGAGAAAAAAAAAACUACAACACACACUUAAAAUAAUUGCAGCUUGGACAUGAAAUGUACGUGCUUCUGGGCUCCGAGCCGGUGGCUCGUGGUAUUAGUGAUUGAUUGCUCUGGACUGAUUCUUGUCACUGAGCUUUGAACUAAUAGGGAGGUAGAAGAGGCGACAUGAUCGUUGUCUUCCUCAGUCAGCAGCUACUCCUGACUGUUUCUUAUGAUGUAGUAGCAUCUCCUCGCCCACAGGGGGCGCUGAGAGUCAUCUUUCAUGUUGCAGAUACCAAAGAUAGAUAAGUAAUGAAUAAUGACAGGCUCUGGGCCACAGAUGUACGUAGACCAGUGCAAACGUCGGGUGUCGGCCCAAUGGGCUUGCCUCAAAAGUUGUUUAUCGUAUGAUGGAGAAUUCCUCUCAGUACUGGAUUGAGAUCCAGUCAUGUAAUUUGAUAGAAGUUUGUUUUAUUUUCCCUAUCUACAAACCCCCUUUUAUUCUCCAGAGGCAGAGAUUUUUACUUUACUUUUCGCAAAUUUCGCAACCCACCCUGAUGGAAAGGUGUUCAGGCCAAACCAAAACCCUUUAAAUCAAGGAUCAUAUUACACACUGAAGCAGUCCCAAGCUAAUGAGUUCUCAGCUGUUUCUAUACAAAGACAAGUGCUUCGUAACAGCCACAGAACUAGCUGGUGUUAGCUAACCUAGCCAUGACCACAUGGCCUUCCAAACAGUGAGGUUGGCCACUAGCUCUGUCUGCUAGUCAGCCAUUCAAUUGUAAACCGUGUUGUGUUUGUAUAUAUUGUAUAUGUCGAUCUAUGUACAGAAGAGAGAGGUGCACAGCAUAGCUGCUAGUCAGAAAUGUCUAAGAAGAGAGGAAAGGUGUGUAGCUGGUGCUAAAGCCCAACUCAGUUGGGCUGCGA